AAACGCUUCACCAGUGCGGUGAAAUGGUUGCGCUCUCACUUUAUUAAAAUGGCUGGCUAUUUAAAGCGCUGACGGCGAGCUCUUCUGUCGCGCGAGUCAGAUCUUGGUAUUUUUGCUACACAGCACAAGUUCAACCCGUGGGGAGGGGGGAGACAUGCUUAAUUUUCCCGAAUUUCGAGCAUGUUCAGCUGUCGGCUUCAUACGCAUAUUUUUUCCCACUAUUUGUCCCAACUUGCCCGUUGUGUGGCGUUAGCAAUGGCUGGCGCGUUGCCUUUGUUACAGACGCCAAUGCAGCAUCCGCCGCGCCGGUCCGAGCCGCGCACAACUUUGAAAAGCAUUUAAAUCAACGGAGCGGCGCUUUGACACCUCGCCAGAAACGCCAGUUUCAAAGAUCGAUGUCUGUUUUAAAUUAAUAUUUGCAUUUUUAAUGGCGGCGUUUGGAAAUGUGCUGUUAAACAGGCUUUGUAGCGGGAGGGGGGUGUGCGUGGCUUUGUUACUGAGCCAGGCUGAGCAAACCCCCCCCCACCCCGUCCCUCCGCGCGCACACACCCUCCCCUCUGACAGAAGCCAUUUUAAUGAAUGGGGGUCGCUCGCGCGGCUGUCCUGCCUCCGCGCGCCGAGCCGCUUCGGCUCCGAUCCGCUCCGCUCCGCUCCGUUCCACGCGCUCGCAGUGGGGCCGCGCUGCGCGCACACACAGCCCGUUGCCGCAAGUUUACUACAAAACACCUUUUCGCCCCCCGGGCUUCAGAAGGACGGGCAGAAAGAGAAAAUUGAAGAGCAAAGAGUAUUAGGUGCAGGAAACGCAGAGUUGCAGAAGAAAAGCUCUUCGGAAUGGCCAAAGGUGACCCCAAGAAGCCGAAAGGCAAGAUGUCUGCCUACGCCUACUUUGUGCAGACUUGCCGUGAAGAGCACAAGAAGAAGAGCCCUGAGAUCCCUGUCAACUUUGCCGAAUUCUCAAAAAAGUGCUCCGGAAGGUGGAAGACCAUGUCUCCAAAGGAGAAGGCCAAAUUCGAGGAGAUGGCCAAGCAGGACAAAAUACGCUAUGAUCAGGAGAUGAUGAGCUACAUGCCUGGCAAGAAGGGCAAGAAGAAGGACCCCAAUGCCCCAAAGAGACCACCGUCUGGCUUCUUCUUGUUCUGUUCUGAGCACCGGCCCAAGAUUAAGGCCCAGAACCCGAACCUCGGCAUCGGGGAUGUUGCCAAGCGGCUGGGGGAGAUGUGGAAUAACCUGACAGAUGCCAACAAGCAGCCGUAUCUUAUGAAAGCCAACAAGCUCAAAGACAAGUACAAACAGGAUGUGGCUGAUUAUAAGUCCAAGGGUAAAGUUGGCAAUAUGGGCGGGCUUCCCAAACCAACAGUGAAGAAAUCAAUGGAGGACGAAGACGAGGAUGGGGAGGAAGACGAAGAAGAGGAAGACGACGAGGAGGAAGAUGAGGAUGAAGAUGACGAAUAAGUUAUCCCCCCCCCCCCCCCAUUUCUGUUCAGUACGUUCACAGUAGGGUGAGGAAAACACUGGCAGUGCAAAAUUCUCCCUGUUCCCUUCAACUCCACGGUCCAAUGUGUGCUGUGGCCUGUUGGAGGACAAAACACAGCAUCACUGUGACCUGGAACAAGCCUCAUCACCUGGCAACACACCUACUGUGUCCACGUGUGUAUCUGUGUGUGCGCGUGUGCAUGCGUGCAGAGAUGCGAAUGCCUUUGUCCAUUUCCCCGUCACUGUCCGAUGUCUUCCUGAACUCUGCGACUGUACAACAGGAAGCAUUUAAACAAGUGGUAGCAUUGCAGUAUAAAUAUAUAUAAUUUUUUUUAAGAAAGUGUAAAGUGGUGUGUAAUUGUAUAUGAUUGACGUAGAUUUAUUUUAUCAUUUUCUAUUCCGACAAGUGUAAAAUUGCACAUGUGUAGAUGGUAGGCAUGUGUGCGCAGUAGUGCAGCUGUAUUGUUUCAGUCUUAUUUUGCUUGGGUCACGACCCCACUCUAGGGGCAGAGCCUGCCAUGUCAAUGUCAGCAGGAAUGGCACAGCAUUGGUUGAUCAGUGUCACUAAUACUUUUGUGGGUCCCGCAGCUGCAGUCAUCUCUCUGCACGUAGUGCUCGGCUCCUUAUGGUCUGGAUUAUGGGCAGAGGGAAGAUUCCAGUGGUAUGAAAAGAGGUUUUGUGUGUGUGUGUGUGUGUGUGUGUGUGUGUGUGAGUGAAUGUGUGUAAGUGAGAUUUUUAUUAUGAUUGUUAUUUAUUUUGACAAAGUGCAUUUUAAAUUCUAGCUGUUGUAAAAUCCUCAUGCUUAAUGCCAAAUGGCGAGAGUGCAACUGGUGACGAUAAAUCUGUACUUAUCUUUGCACCUAAGGAUUUUUUUGUAUGUUUAGAAUGGUGUUGCAAUUAAAAUAUUAAAUUUUUUACCUUGUGUAAUUCUGUUUAAAAUCCCCCACCGCCGCCUCCCUCCCAGCAUCUAAUUUUUAUAAUUGGACGCCCUUGCUUUGGUUGUCUGAUGUUGUCGUUCUCAAUUUGCCCGUAUAUGAGGAUAAUCGGUAGCAAAGUUCACCCCCAUUCCGUGUUGCAGGUCUGUUUGUAUAAAGGAAAUAAUCUUGCAAGUUGUAUUGUGGUGCUGCCACUAGCUGUUCAUAGAAACUCUGGAGGUAAAAUGCUGCAAUACAUUCUGUUAUGUAAAUGUCUAAACAGUGCUUUGAAUUAAUGUGGUGUUGACAUGGAUGGUUACAUGGCCAGUAGUAAGUACACUGGUGUGAAAUGGGUAUCAGCUGGGCAAAGGCUUCAUUUAUAGGCCGGCUAGUAAUAGAAGCUUGUAAGCAUCCCUGAUGUGUAAUAACGGCUUGUAGAGUAGAUAUUGAGUAUGUGGGGCCUCGUUGCAUUCCGCUGUUAUGUUUAAUGUGUGGCCAGAUCUCUUGUCAAUUCUGCCACCACAUGCUUUGUAUUUGCCUGAUGUGUAUGAAGCAAUAUUGUCAGUUCAUGAAUUUUCACCCACUACCCACACAGUCAUCUCUGCCUUAAAUGUAUACA